CCCUCGGUGGUUGCAACAUCAUAUCCAAAGCUCUGCGUCCACAACCGCAGUCGCCUUUUAUGCACCAGCGAGUGGAGAAUAGUGCGGGGGACCAGUUCGCUGUCCGCCUACCUCGUUCAUAUUAUCCUCUAAAGUUUGGACUUAUCGUUAUCCAAUAUUCGUGGAGCUACUCGCUGCUUUGGACUAAAGCCUGUGCGUAAACGUCGUGCGCAACGAGGAGAUGAAAAUUAUAUCCUGAAACAACAUACUGCUAAAUGCUGCUUUAGAGAGAAGUCGAGGCACCAGCCUACACAUGGAGUCCAGGGUUCCCCACCACAUCCCCGGAGUGUCCUCCUCCCUCAUAUCGCAGCCCCUGCUGGACAGUCGUGUGCCCUACGGUCGUCUUCAGCACCCUGUCACCAUUUACCCCAUCGACCAGAUAAAGUCAUCACACGUGGAGAACGACUACAUCGACAGCCCCGCCGCUGUUUCUCAGCAGCCUCCAAGCCAGAAAUCUUUGAACCGAAGAAUCACCUGGCUAGGUCAGAAUCAAGAAGCCUUCCUUGGAGCAAACCACAACCAUCAUCACAAUCACCAACAUCAGCCUCCCCAGCAGAGCAGGUGCGAGCCCCACCUUCAUCAGGACACCACCACCCACCCUUGGAUCUCCUUCAGUGGAAGGCCCAGCUCUAUCAGCAGCAGCAGCAGUACCUCAUCUGACCAGAGGCUGCUGGAACACGCUGCACCCACUCCAACGGUGGAUCACCACAUAAAGUUGCACCCUCACCAGGGCCCUGUCAAUACAAUCACUACCCGAACUCCAGGCUGCUUCAGUUCCUCUGAAUCUAAGGUCCUUACAUCUUCUUCCUCUGCUUCAUCCUGCUCCUCCUCCUCUAAAUCCCUUGAUCUCAAAUCUGCAAAGAUGCCUGCAGGAGGUGUAUGCUCCACUGGAGGUCAGCAAGGGUUGGCAAUGAUUCCUUCAUCUCCAACCGAAAAGAAGCAUCUCCUUCUUUGCGAGAAUUGCGGGAAGUGCCGAUGCACAGAGUGCACACUUCCCCGAACCCUUCCUUCUUGCUGGGUCUGCAACCAGGAGUGCCUGUGCUCUGCUCAGAGCAUGGUAGAUACCGCCACCUGCAUGUGCCUGGUCAAAGGGAUCUUCUACCAUUGCACCGAAGACGAGGAUGACGAGGGCUCCUGCGCUGACAAGCCCUGCUCGUGCUCGCAGGCCAACUGCUGUGCACGCUGGUCCUUCAUGGCUGCCCUUUCUUUUGUCCUGCCUUGCCUGGUCUGCUAUCUACCAGCAAUGGGUCUGGCCAAACUGGGACAGAAAUGUUAUGACAAUAUUAGCAGACCUGGCUGCCGCUGCAAGAACUCACAGGGCGGCCUGAGUGUCCCCGUGUGUAAAAAUGGAGCCACAGAAGCAAAAGCUGGCACUCUAGACAAGCAGCAGCAGGGGUCAUGAUACUGGACCAAACUGUGUGGCAGUGGCCUUGCUGAAAAGUGGACUGGACCACACCAUACUUGUUUGCUCUUGAUGGAUAAGUCAAUCCAACACCAACCCAUUAAACUAUCCCAUUAAACUGCUGGAAGAUGACUUAUGUAAAACAAAGGUACAAAGAUGUUUAAUAUGGUGGAUGAUCAAAAAUGGGCCUUAUAUGAGAGAAACAAGGGUAGUAGGAAUAGCUAACAGGCCCUCCGAGAUGUUUUUGUUCUUUGUAAGAGUGAGAAAGGAACAAGAGACGAGCUUGUGGGACUGGUGUUUGUGUUUCGUGAAGAUGGCUGUAGGCACAAAGUCAUUGUACCUCUCUGCUGCUCAAUAUUUCUCAGCUAAUUUUGUAAUGCUUACUAAACAGAAGCUGGUUGGUGAUCCACAGAAUGCAUAGAAAUUACUGAUGGAGAUAAAUAUCUAUACUUAUCCCGUCCUCCACCCCCACCCCCAAAAGCACAUCCCAGUGUUAAACAUGAAAACAAGUGAUUAUAGCGUGGGUUCACGACUUGCAAGAGUGUAACUAACACUUAAACUACUCACUCUCUCCAAGGUUAUAACGGCCGCCAUCUUUCAGUGUUUCCCCUUUUUCUCUUACAACUAAAAGAUGCUACCUUGGUAUUGCUGACUUUUUAUCUCCUUUGAGUUUUUAUGUCCACAGUGGAGCUGUAAAAACAAACCUUUCUAGACUUUAAAAUAAUAGUAAUUUCCCUUAAUUCUCACUCCGUAGUGUGCAUAAGCAGUUGAGAUAAUCACUUUACAGUGUGUUUUCUCUUAUGAGGUGGUGAAGCCUAGACAUUCUAAAAUAUUUUGAAUGCUGUUCACCAGUCACCUUUGACAUACUGCAUGUCAUGACUUGCAUGCUCUAGUCUAAUGGAUACCCACUGUACUAGAAGUCGAUUUGUAGUAGAGAAAUGUGUUUAAAAAAAAGUAAAGUACACUCAACCUUCUCAGGGACAGUUGCAGUAAUCCUCUCUAGAACUUGGCCUAUACUGCAUGUUGGUUACUAAACUGGUCUACUUCUUCUUUGCACAAAAAGCGAAAAAAAAAAAGGCAAAGAAAUAUUUAGGGGCAAAAAGCCAAGAGUGAAUCAUUUAAAACAAGUAAGCUAACCUAAAGACAAACUGGCUAGAAAAUAAUGUUUCCAGAGGAGAGGU